AUGGGCCUCCAUGUUUUACCCUCCAUCGAUUUAUACUGGUCUAGUGACCCGUUGUUUAGAGUAAAUGAGGUGGCAGAAAUAAUGACCUGUAAAAGGGUUAAAAAAAUAUUGGAAAACCUUCAUCUUAAUGAUAAUUCCCAAAUCCCUUCUAAAUCAAAUCCAGACUACGACAAACUAUAUAAAGUUCGCCCGUUACUGGAAAUGCUGAACACAGCUUGCAAAAAUGAAGCUAGAACAUCCACAUCACAAAGUAUCGACGAGGCAAUGAUUAGAUUCAAAGGAAUUUCGUCUUUGAAGCAGUAUAUGCCAGCAAAACCCAUAAAGAGAGGUUUUAAAGUUUGGGUUAGGGCAGAUAGCUCUACUGGUUACGUCUAUGAAUUUCAAAUUUAUACAGGCAAAAAUGACGACAGUACACCUGAGUUCGGUCUAGGAUCAAAUGUGGUAAAAUCUUUGUCAAAAAGCCUGAUAGAAGAAGAGGUUACUGUUCAUUUAGCAUUUGAUAACUUCUUUGCUUCGUAUCCACUAAUGCAAUACCUUUAUUAA